ACCAGCGCGCGCACUCUGUUAUCAUCUGAUAACUCCAUUCACUUCCCGAAGUCUCUCGCGAACCAUAUGCUUCGAAAAUAUUGUGAUUUUAUGACGAUGUAAAUAAGAAAAAUGGGGAACCAGUUCAAGAACGUGGCCAUUAUAGCCUGCCUCAAAACAUUCCUUUUUGUUUUUAACAUAAUUUUUUGGCUGACGGGGCUUCUCAUCCUAGUUGUGGGACUAUGGGCGGAGUUCGACCUGUACAAGUACAUGGAAUUGUCUUCUGACUUUUCUGGAACAGCUCCUCACGUCAUUAUUGGUAUCGCAGGUCUGAUCGUACUCAUCAGCUCAGUCGCCUUCUCAUGUAUCAUCAAGGGUCAACCUGUACUACUUUAUAUUUAUGGAGGAUUCUUGGUGUGCAUCUUCAUGAUGGACGCAGGGGUUGGAGCAUCAGUGGUGUGCUACCGAGAUUCCUUCGCAAAGGGCUUGCAUGAUGGACUCUCACACACGAUUUCUACUUACGACCCCAACAAGGCUAAUUUUGAUUUCGCGCAAUCCAAGCUACAUUGCUGCGGUGUCACCAACUAUACGGAUUGGAUGCGACUCUCUCCUCAACGAGUGAUCCCCAUCUCAUGCUGUCUUGACACAAACCGUUGCGUCACUGCAAAUUACAACGAUGUUUACCAAAGGGGAUGCUACGAAGUCAUUACAGAAUACCUAACGAACAACAUGAAUAUCCUCAUUGGAGUUGCAAUUGGAACUGCUACGCUACCACUCAUAGGGUCCCUGUUAUCUUGCUUCCUCGCCAGAUACAUUGCAAAAUCGAAAUAUGACGCUAUCAAUUGACCCACAUACAUGACCGACAUAUCGAGAAGAUACAAAUUAUCGACCCGGUUCUGUACUUUUGACUGAAUAGUUAUUUGAUAUUUGUCUAUUAUAUUCUAGAUAUUAUAUGGUUAUUAAAAAAUCUCAAUGUUAUAUUAGUGAUUGUUACUAGGAUCCUAAAUGUUAACCUCUCAAAAAAAAUUUAUUAACUUGUACUCAAUUUUCUUCUUAUAAAAAUAUAUUCAUUUAUUAAAAUAAAAAGUCAUUAUGAAUU